AUGUUGGAUCCUAGGAGCUGCUGCGGAGCUCAGAGUCAAGUUGGAAACUGCAGCGAUGCUGAGGACUUUGCUGCCGCUUCAGGACCGACUUGUUCUGGGGAAAACCUAGAGGAGCCGCCGCCCGCCGCCGUCAGAGCCAACUUGUUCUGGACCGAACCCGCUGCAGGACGGAGGGAGGAGGACGAUGGCGGUCGGCUUUUCUCCGCAGAUCACUCUGCUGUGCCUCGGCUUCGUCUCUGGGGUUCGAACCCUCAACCCCGACGACCCAACGUGUGCAGCCGCUGGGAGAGCUACGCAGUCACUGUGCAGGAAUCCUACGCCCAUCCCUUCGACCAGAUCUACUACACCCGCUGCACCGACAUCCUCAACUGGUUCAAAUGCACCAAACACAGGAUCAGCUAUAAGACGGCCUACAGGAGAGGCGUGAGGACGAUGUACCGCAGACGCUCGCAGUGCUGCCCCGGGUUCUAUGAGACCGGAGAACUCUGCGUCCCGCUGUGUACGGAGGAGUGUGUCCACGGCCGCUGUGUUUCUCCGGAUAUCUGCCAGUGUGAGCCGGGCUGGGGGGGGGUGGAUGCUCCAGCGGUGAGUAUGCCUGCAACACAAAAACUCAUCAUGCUGGAGAUGCUUGGUUUUUCUCGCUGUGAGAGCGACUUCUGGGGCCCCCACUGCACCAACCGCUGCCAGUGCCGCAACGGCGCCAAAUGCAACCCCAUAACGGGCGCCUGCGUCUGCACCGACGGCUUCCAGGGCUGGCGCUGCGAGGAGCACUGCCACCACAACCUCUACGGCAAAGACUGCAUGCAGGAGUGCCAGUGCCUCAACGGCGCCACCUGCCACCACCAGAGCGGGAAGUGCCUCUGCGCGCCCGGCUACACCGGCAGCUUCUGUGAGGAGCCCUGUCCUCCAGGUAAACACGGCUCCAUGUGCGAGCAGCGCUGCUCCUGUCAGAACGGAGGAACCUGCCAUCAUGUGACCGGGGAAUGCUGCUGCCCGCCCGGCUGGAUGGGUCCGGUCUGCGCCCAGCCGUGCCCCUUCGGCUGGUUCGGCACCAACUGCUCCGAGGAAUGCACGUGUCAGAACGGAGGCCUGUGUGACCACAUCAGCGGCGUGUGUCAGUGCACCGCCGGCUACAUCGGAGAGAGGUGCCAGGAGGAAUGUCCCGUGGGAACGUACGGCCCGCAGUGCGCCCAUAAGUGCGACUGCCUGAACCGGGCCCGGUGCUACCACAUCAACGGGGCGUGUCUCUGCAGCGAGGGCUUCAAGGGCCCCAGCUGCCAGGACCGGUUCUGCCCCGCCGGCCUCUACGGACUGCUCUGCGACAAGAUCUGCCCCUGCAAGGGCAACAACACGCUCAGCUGCCACCCGCUGUCCGGGGAAUGCACCUGCGCCGCCGGAUGGGCGGGGCUUUACUGCAACGAGACCUGCCCCGCCGGGUACUAUGGCGACGGCUGCAAGGAGCCGUGCGACUGCGCCAACGGAGCCGACUGCGACGGCGUGAGCGGAGCCUGCGUCUGCGCGCCGGGGUUCAUCUUUCAUGUGCGAGGAGCCGAGUUGGAGAGCAGGUGUGACAGGAAAUGAUCGUCUCUCGUUCAGGAGGAGAGGUUGCUGUAACGUUAUCGACUCGAUGCCAGGUUUCCUGAAAAUGUUUCCACUGGAGCUUUAUCAAUUAAUUACAGAUAUUUUAAUAUCGUCACAUCAGAUGGUCCAGAACAUUCAAACUGUGAUCAAAUCCAGUCAACAACUUUUUUUACUUUCAGUCCAAAUCAACUAAACAAACUGAACGUUUGUUUUUAUGUUGCCAAAGUCUUUGAAUUAUGUCAGAUUUUAAUCAAAUUUGUUUUUAGCUCCACAAACUGAAC